AUGAGCAGUAAAUUCGAUGGCUCCCAAUCCAAGGACCCCCCAGUGCUCAAGGAGAAGGGGACGGAUUGUGCCUCCCAAUUAGAGCUCUGGGAGUCCAAGGAAACCUCGCAGAAGGGCAAGUCGCUGUACCUACCGGCCGUGGCCAACCCCUUUGGGCAACAUACACGCAUCGGCGCCUGGCGCUGGGUCCGCAUCGUGCUCUUGGGGGCCGUGUUGGUGCCCGUGCGGGUGUGCUGCUGCUUCAUCCUCUUCCUCUUCCUCUGGCCCUUCGUCAUCCUAGCCACCAUUGGGCGUCCUGUCCAACCGGCCAGGCCCGCCUCGAACUGCAGGAGGCAACUGACCCAGCCAGCGCUCCGGUUGCUGUUACAGGCUGUGUUCCGCCUGCUGGGCUUCGUGGUCCGCGUGAGAGGGGCCAAGGCCACGCGGGCCGAGGCCCGCCUCUUCGUGGUGGCGCCGCACACCACCUUCUUCGACGUGAUCGCCUGCGUCGCUGCGGGGCUGCCUUCGCUGGUCUUGGCGAACCGGAAACUGACCUUCCCCGGGCUCAGGAAGGUCAUCCAGUCAACCGAGCCCAUCCUCGUGAGGCGCAACGACCCCGCUUCCAGGAAGAACACCCGGAAUGAAAUCCUGAGGCGCGUGAGAUCCGGAAGGCGCUGGCGGCAGAUCAUGAUCUUCCCGGAAGGCGUGUGCACGAACGGCUCCUGCCUGGUCACCUUCAAGCUGGGGGCCUUCUUGCCCGGGGUGCCCGUGCAGCCGGUCCUGCUCAGGUACCCGAACACCUUGGACACGGUCACCUGGACCUGGAAGGGGUUUUCAGCAUUCCAGAUCGUGCUGUUGACGCUGAGUCAGGCCUUCACCCGGAUGACCAUUGAAUUUAUGCCUGUGUAUACCCCGAGCGAUGACGAAAAACAAGACCCCAUCCUGUUUGCCAAUACAGUUCGGAUCAGCAUGGCCAAUGCCUUGGGCUUGCCGGUCACAGACCACACGUAUGAAGACUGCAAACUGAUGAUCUCGGCAGGUCACCUGCGGCUACCCAUGGAAGCCGGGCUGGUGGAAUUUACGAAACUUAGUCAGACACUGAAGUUAGACUGGGAUAGUAUCCAGCAGCAUUUGGAUGACUAUGCGGCCAUUGCAGUCGCCUCCAAAGGAGGAAAGAUAGGGAUCGAAGAGUUUGCAACCUUCUUGAAACUUCCAGUUUCGAUGCCGCUGAGAAAGCUUUUUGCUCUCUUUGACAGAAACCAGGAUGGCAGCAUAGACUUCCGAGAGUACGUGAUUGGCCUGACUAUCCUAUGCAACCCUGACAACACGGAGAAGAUUCUGCAGGUGUCCUUUAUGCUUUUCGAUCUCGAUAAGGACGGCUUCAUAAGCGAACAGGAGUUAACGACUAUACUUCAGGCAGCGUUUGGAGUGCCGGACCUGGACGUUUCCAAACUCUUUCAUGAAAUAGCCGGUCCAGACAAAAAGCACAUUUCUUUCAAAACCUUUAAGAAAUUUGGCCUGAAGCAUCCAGUGUAUGCCAAGUUAUUUAGUUCCUACCUAGAUCUCCAGACAGCCCAUAGCUAUUCAUUACCACAAGCAGUAGAAGUUUAA